AUCGCCGGAGAUUAAUCGGAAACCAUGGAGGUGCCGGAGUGCCCAGUGUGUCUUCAGCCCUACGACACCGCUCUCGCCGUCCCGCGCGUGCUUGCUUGUGGCCAUACCUUCUGUGAUCCCUGCAUUGCGUCUCUCCCCUUGCGCCCCUCUCUUCCCGUCGCCGCCGCACGGUGCCCUAUCUGCUCCCAGAUCGUCCCUCUUUCCUCUCUCCCUAAAAACCUCGAUCUUCUUCGCUUCGCCUCGCCUCCAAAACCUAACCUUAAGCCUGACUCUGGUUCUACGAACUCCCGAAUUCCCCCUGAAUUCCUCCCUGUCUCAUUCCCUCAAUCCUUCGUCUCCGAAUGGAGCCCUUUUGUGCUCCCACGAAGCUCAAUCUCCUACUCAAAGUGUUCGAUUUCGUCGCAGUUAGGGCCUCCAUGGUUCUGUGACGAGGGUUGGAAGGUCAGUUUUUCAAAAUCGGCGUCUCUCCCAAAGGAUCCUGAGAGCUUUCGUCUCAGCUACAGUACGCGGUUGAUGGAUUUUUUAUCAAAGCUGAGAGAUGAAACAAGGACCCGGUUAGGGUUUCUGAUCAAGGCUUCAUGGAGGCAUCGACGUGGGAUUUCUAGGAUUUUGGGGGUUUGGAUGGAUUCUGAUAGGGAGGAAGAGGAAGCCUCCAGUGUCUUCUUGGUUUCUGAGCGGCUUCAGCGAGGAACAAUGGCGACUGAGAACGGAGAGCAGCUUGGGACUUUGAUUGCGGGGAUGGAGCUAUGUGAGGGUUUGAUGGGAUUGCAUUCAGAUGGGAUUGCUUGCGGGUGCUUGGGGGAUUCCUGCUUUGGCUUCGAUGAAUUUGGGCAUUGUGUUGUAGAUUUGGAUGGAAUUUUGAAGACGGGGGAGAGGAUUCAGAAGGGUUUGAGGAUGAAGAAAGGCUUGGACUUGGAUGAAUUGGGAGCUUUUGUUGCCCCAGAGGUGCUUGUUCAAAUGCCUGACCGGAACUGCUCCUCUGGUGAUGCCUUUGAUGGUUCAAUUGCUUGUGCUGCAGAUGUGUGGUCAUUGUCCUGCACCUUGAUUGCGUUUUUUGGAGGUUCAUUGCUUGAAGGUUAUAGUUCUUUGCUUUUGAGGGUAACUGACGACAAUUUUGUGCAAUUAUUUGUGUCUUGGUAUGAGGCUUGGAGUGAGCAAGUUUCCUCCAAACUUGAAGCUUUGUUGCAUGAGAAAAAGUAUGAGGCUUUGCUUGGAAUGAUCAAGUUGUGCCUCAAUUUUCACCCAGAGGAUCGGCCUCAUGUUUCUGAUAUAUGGCAUUGCAUUAAGGAUCUGUUCAAUGGACUUCAUGUGAAUGAUCAGGCUAGCUCUUACACAGAGAUACUUGUAGCAAAAGAUAAGUCUUCACAUUGUUUAGUUCUCCGGGAAUUGUUCGUUGGAUCUGAAGGAGAUGCUGGCUUAUUAUUGGCUCAAGACAGCAGUGGCAUCUUGGAGGCUGUUUCUGCUAGUGAAGGUUUGCUUGCAAGCAAGAGAAACUGCAAUGAAGAACACUUGCCACAAGAGAAUGCAAAUGGAGAGCACCUUGUCGAGAGACUACACGGAGGUGGUGCUAAAUCAAUCAGCCUCCAUGGUCACAAUGACUCUGUCACAGGAUUAGCCAUUGGAGGAGGAUUUCUUUUUAGCUCUUCCUUUGACAAAACAAUAAAUGUAUGGUCCCUACAGGAUUUUUCUCAUGUACAAACCCUGAGAGCUCAUGCACACAGAGUCAUGGCUAUUCUUGUGGUGGAAAGUGGCGAACCAUUAUGCAUUAGUGGUGAUAGUGGAAGUGGCAUUUGUAUAUGGCGCAUUGGAACUUCCCUCACCCAAGAACCAUUGAAGAAAUGGUAUGAACAUAACGAUUGGCGUUAUAGUGGUAUUCAUGCAUUGGCAGUUUCAGGAACAGGAUACCUCUACAGCGGCAGCGGAGACAAGUCCAUAAAAGCAUGGUCUUUGCAGGACUAUUCGCUUUUGUGCACAAUGAAUGCCCACAAGUCUACUGUAUCUGCCUUAGCAGUAGCUGGCGGAAUUCUUUACAGUGGAAGUUGGGACGGGACCAUUCGCUUAUGGUGGAUUACUGAUCAUAGCCCUUUAAUAACACUAGGAGAAGAUGCACCGGAAAAUUUGAACCCUGUUCUGUCCCUCUGCGUUCACUGCAAUAUACUAGCUUCAUCUUACGAAAAUGGAAAUUUAAAGAUUUGGAGAAAUGAGACACUUGUGAAAACCAUGCAAAUUCAAAAUGGUUCUCUUUUUGCUCUUGACAUUGAUACAAAGUGGCUGUUCACUGGAGGUUGGAAUAAAAUCAUCGAUAUUCAGGAAUUGUCGGAAAAUGAUUUAGAAGUGGACAUCAAACCUCUUGCUUCAAUCAAUUGUGAUUCGGUUAUUACUUGCUUGUUACAUUGGCAUGGAAAGCUUUUCGUAGGACUUGGUAAUAAGGAAAUCAAGGUGUAUUGCGCUGGAUGAUAAAUCAAUGCAUCAAUUUUUGGGACCUUUAUGCUCACGUAGAACUCUGGUUGGUAUGCAGUGCACUGAUCCUCUUUCUUUUUGAUUGAGUGUGGCUGGAAUUACUUUUUUAAGAUAAUGUCAAUAAGCAAUAAAGAAAAAUGUUGGUAUAUUCAUGUGAAAUUGGGUUUUUUUGCUAAUAUACCCCUUUGUAAAAAAAAUAUUAACUUGUAUAACCUACAAAACUGAUUCUUUUAAAUUA